AUGCCGCCAUCACAAUUAAAACGACUAAAGGCGUCGCUGCGAGAGCAGGGUGUCACUGGUCCUCAAAAAUCAAAGAAGCAAAAGCAGCAAGAAAAAGGACGCAGCAACGACAGCAGGGUGCAGCGCAAUGCUGCCCUUCAGCAAAUCCGUGACAGCUUCAAUCCUUUCGAGAUCAAGGCCAACAACCGUCCUGCCAAGUUUCAGUCUUUGACUGCGCAUCCCAAGAAAGAUGCUGUUCUCAGACCCGGUGUCACCAGAAGCAUGGGCGAGGAAGCUCGUCGUGCCACUCUGCUGCCCGAGAUUCAGCGCCGCAACAAGACUGGUGGAAUCAUCGAUAGACGUAUCGGCGAGAACGACCCGACCAUGACCCCCGAGGAGCGCGCUCUGCAACGUUUCGCUCAGGAAAAGAUGCGCAAGAGAGGAGGAGCUUCCCUUUUCGAUUUGGAGGCUGAGGACGAUUUCCAAGAGGAUGCUCUUACCCACGGUGGACAGGCUCUCGACCUCGACAGAGACGACUUCGACAUGGAGGGCCUCGAGGGCUCCGACGACGAGUCAGAACGUGGUCUGAAACGCCGAAGACCUUCUGCUGGAUCAGAUGAUGACGAAGAAGAGGGCAUAUCAGACGUCGAAAGGCAGGACCCCGACAAGCCGGCACGCAAAAAGUCAAAAGCUGAAGUCAUGAAGGAGGUCAUUGCAAAGUCGAAGAUGCACAAAUAUGAGAGACAAAAGAACAAGGAAGACGACGAUGACUUGCGCGAAGAGCUGGAUGCAGGACUACAAGAGAUGCUGAAUCUGCUCCAGGGAGUCAAGGCACCACCGAAGGCCAACAAGGCCGAGAUGGACGCCGGCAUGAACCCUGAGCGUUUGGCCAUGCUUCAAAGCAAAUCACGCGAGGAAACCGAGAGAGAGUACGAUGUCAGACUCAGGCAGAUGGCCAUGGAUCAGAGAGCCGCCCCCACCACACGAACCAAGACCGAUGAAGAGCAGGCCUUCGACGAUGCCCGACGCUUGCAGGACCUGGAACGAUCACGCCUUCGUCGUAUGAAGGGCGAGGAGUCUGAAGAGGAGCUUGAAGUCGAGGAGAAGAAGCCCAAGAAGGCCGGCGCUGAGGUCAUGCCUGAAGACGAGGAGGACAUUGGUGAUGAUGCCGCUGAAUUUGGUCUUCCGACUCAGCAAUACGACGAAAAGGCAGGCCCGGUUGUGCACGACGAUGAGGACGAAUUCUUGAUGGAGGACGACCUGAUCGCCAGCGGCUCCGAAGACGUCGACAUCAGUGAUGAGAGCGAGGACGACGAAGAUGACUCGGACGUUGAGGAAGGAGCUGCCGCUGCUGAUGAGGAAGACGAGGAGGACGAGUUUGUGCGAGGCAUCUUGGGCGACAAGGACGAGAAGAGCGAGAGGAAGACAGUGGUCCCGGCCGCUCCUUCUGGUCUUGCAUACACUUACGAGUGCCCACGCUCCCAUGAAGAAGUCUUGGCUCUUUUCGGAAAGAUGGCUGUCGAGGAUAUCCCAGUCGCCGUCCAACGCAUUCGUGCCCUCUACCAUCCUUCGCUUUCGGCAGAGAAUAAGCAGAAACUUGCUGACUUCUCUGUUGCUCUCGUCGACCACAUCUCAUACAUGGCCAAGGAGAAGCAAUCUCUGGCUGUUAUCGAGACUCUGAUCCGCCACUUGCACUCUCUGUCAAGAACAUACCCUGGCACCAUCGGCAAGGCCCUCCGUACCCACAUGUCUGCUAUGCACGAGAGCGGUGUUUUCACUGCUGGUGACUUGGUCAUCUUGACUGCUGUUAGCACCAUCUACCCGACCUCAGAUCAUUUCCACCAGGUAGUCACCCCGGCUAUAACUCUGAUGGGACGCUGGUUGGAAAUGACGCCUCCGUCAUCAUCUAAUAUGGCUACCGGCGCCUUCAUUGUUGCUCUCUGCAUCAAGUACCAAUCAUUAGCCAAGCGAUACAUCCCCGAGGCCGUUCGUUACACUGUAAAGGCCCUGCAACUUCGUCCUCAACCCAGCGAGAAGGAGUUGCAACCACACGUCAACAACAUUGUUGCCAUGGCGGAGCUUUGGAGCGCAAAGACAGCAUUUGGUCAAAUCUUCUCACCGGCCGCUGUUUCAAGCCUUCAAGCUCUCAAGGGCCAGAAGAAGUCUUCCCAACACCUCUCUAUCAUGCUCUCACAAGCACGUCUCCGCCGCCGUCCUCUCGAACUUCACCACCACCGCCCUCUCCCCGUCCGCACAUCCAUUCCCAAAUUCGAGGAAAACUUCAACCCAGACAAGCACUACGACCCCGACCGCGAACGUGCCGAUGCCGCCAAGCUCAAGAAAGAGUACAAGCGCGAGCGCAAGGGAGCCGUUCGCGAGCUUCGCAAGGAUGCAAACUUUAUUGCACGCGAACAAUUGCGGGACAAGAAAGAAAAGGACGCAGAGUACGAGAAGAAGUACAAGAGAUUGGUUGCCGAGAUCCAAGGAGAAGAGGGUCACGAGGCCAAGGAGUACGAGCGAGAGAAGAGGAUGCGCAAGAGCAGCAAGAGGUAG